AUGGACUCCAUCACUGUCCACCCCUCCAUGCCCAACAGUAACAAAGACACUAAGCUUCACAUAGCCUUGUUCCCAUGGCUGGCCUUUGGCCACAUGCUUCCAUACCUCGAACUUGCCAAGCUGAUCGCCGGAAAAGGCCACAAAAUCUCUUUCAUCUCCACCCCAAAAAACAUCGACCGCCUCCCUCCUCUCCCUCCAAAACUCUCCGCCCUAAUCACCUUCGUGAAGAUUCCAUUGCAACAAUAUCCGAACCUUCCAGAAGGUGCCGAGGCCACCGCGGACUUAACCGAGGAGCAGGUCUUCCAUCUCAAGAUUGCCUACGAUUCUCUCCGAGAACCAAUCACCCAAUUCCUCAAAUCUUCAAACCCCGAUUGGGUUCUCUUUGAUUUCGCGCCUUACUGGGUGCCGGAAAUAGCUAGGAGUCUCGGCAUCCGUACCGCCUUCUACACUAUUGUGAUGGCCGUCGUUGUGGCUUUCCUAGGGCCCACUUCGCCAGAAAUACCUGCUGAUGACCGUAAGUUGCCGGAGGAUUACACAGUCCCGCCCAAGUGGGUGUCAUUCUCAACCACCGUGGCGUGGCGAUUGUUCGAGGUGCUUCGUCUCUUGAAACAAAUAACUGGAGACGAUACAAACGUCUCGGUCGUGCAACGUUUCAUGGUGGGACUGCAAGGUUGUGAUUUGAUUGCGGUAAGAAGUUGUGCAGAGUUCGAACCGGAAUGGCUGAACCUUCUGGAAGUUAUGCACGGAAAACCUGUUUUACCUGUUGGUGUGCUCUCCACUAUGCCGAAAACCGACGACGACGAUGAAACGUGGCGGUCAAUAAAGGAAUGGUUGGACCGGCAGAGCAAAAAGACGGUGGUAUACGUGGCUUUCGGAACAGAAGCAAUCCCAACUCAAGAGGAAGCGACGGAAAUAGCUCUAGGUCUGGAGAAGUCUGGUUUGCCCUUCUUUUGGGUGCUGAGAACCAAACACGGCGAGGAUGCUGUAAAGCUGCCGGAGGGUUUCGAGGAGAGAAAUGAAGGGAGGGGAGUGGUGUGCAGGAGUUGGGUUCCACAGCUGAAGAUUCUAGCUCACGACUCGUUCGGUGUGUUUCUGAGUCACUCUGGUUGGAGCUCGGUGGUGGAGGCCUUGACAUUCGGAAGGCCGCUGGUGUUGUUCCCUUUGUCGAAUGACCAGGGCCUCAAUGCGAGGUACUUCGGGGAGAAGAAGGUCGGGUAUGAAUUGCCGAGGGACGAGCAUGACGGGUCGUUUACGAGUGAGGCGGUGGCGGAGUCGCUGAGGAUGGUGAUAGAGAAGGAGGAGGGGAGGGUUUACAGAGAAACGGCCAAAGAGUUGAAGACGUUGUUUGGAGACAGGGAUCUGCAAAAUGUGUAUCUGGAUAAGUUUUUGGAGUACCUCACAACCCACAAAGGAUGUCGUUCAACAUGAAGGAGCACGUUUAUGAUGAUUCAAGCCCAAGCAAUUGCAAGGGGUCACGUACUUCUUUGAUCUCUUUCUUACUCGUUUUUAGCUACUAUAUAUUAAUUAGUGUGAGUUUGUUUUUCCUUAAUUCUGGCCGAGUUUAAUAGUUCACCCUCUCAAGAUCAGUGUGGGGGACUGGGGGAGUACUAGUAGUUAAGUUGAUGGAAUACUUCACUGUUUCUUUGAGGGAAUGUACGUGCAAAAUGAUUGCACAUAAUCUCGUGUUUCCUUUUUUCAUGUACUUGUUUUAUAUACGGUCUCAUAUCGAGUCAAACACUUUAC